UGCCGCUCCAAUUCGCCAAACUCAAACAUUGUACAUGCCACAUGGCCGCCGCUUUGGUCCUCAAGCCGUCGAAGUGGCUCGUCAGCAGGAGCCUCAAGCUCCUGAAGCUCCCGCGUAACUUUCACUCGAAACCCAAAUCUCCAAACGCUCCGUCUCUGCCGUCGCCAUCCACGAACACGUCUCGCGAUAUCGAAAACAAGUACUUGCAAGCCUUCAAACGAUUUGACCGCAAUGGAGAUGGGAAGAUGUCGGGCGAGGAGCUCAGCGCUUUCUUCGAGUCCAUCGGCGAGUCCUUGCCACACCGCGAAGCUCAGAAGGUGAUCGCCGACUUCGACUCGGACGGCGACGGCUUGCUCAAGUUCGAGGACUUUGUCAGCAUGAUGGAACAGGACGGCGGCGAGGCGGACGACGAUCUCAAGAGGGUGUUCGAGAUGUUUGAAGCCGACAAAGGUUGUGGGGGCAUCACGGCUCGAGGACUGCAACAUGCGUUGUCGAGGAUCGGGGAGAGAGAACAUUCGUACGAAGAGUGUGUGAGCAUGAUACGUGCUUUCGAUCUCGAUGGGAAUGGAGUGGUUGAUUUCCAGGAAUUCCAACGCAUGAUGACUUCGAACUGAUGUUGAUGCGAUGUAGGGCCGGAGAGCUUUCUUGUGAAAAUAGCGUCACGGACAAGUCAAUGUAUCGAUCGAGUCCAUGUUUUUCUAUGUUAUUCGGAUAAAACGGAUAUGUGAAA